GCGGAACGGCCCUGCUCUCUUGUUCCGGGCGGCUCGCCGCGCCCCGCUGAUUUGUGCCUCGCCGCGCGCAGAGCUCUCCUCGUCCGUCCAUCCCCUGCGGGAAGCGUCGCAAGCGUGGUCGCGUAUUUUAAAGAGAAAAAAAAUACACACAAAAUAUAGAAAAGAAAAAGCCCGGGGUUGGAUUUCGAUUUCAGUUCGUGGAAAUGGUGCUGAUUUCGGAGAUUAGGGGCGAUGCACCGGACGAGGCGGAGGAGGAGGGGCGAAAGGAGGAGGAGACAGCGGAAGAGGAGUUGAAGGUGGACGAGGAGAAGGGCACGCCGGAGAAGCCGGAGGAGCCGGAGGAGCCGGAGGAGCCGGCGGAGAGCGUGGCUGCCGCCGGAGAGGUGAAGGAAUCCCCGGCCAAGGGGACGGAGGGGUCGGCGGCGGGGCAGACGCUCUACAAUGAGUGCGCCCUCCGGGUGGCCUGCAUCAUGCGGAAUUACCUCUAUAUGCGGCAGGCAGGCGUCGCCGUUUCCGGGAGGGGGCCGCCGGCGGGGGAGGCGCCGGCGGAGCACCGAUGUAAGGCGAUGAUGGAGGUGGUCGGGAAGGUGCAUGGGAAGUGGACAGUGUCGAAGCUCGUCGUGGAGCACAACCAUGAGCUCUUGCCACGCCAGGAUGCCGGUAAAGACGGUGCAGGAUUGGUGCCGGUCAUGGGCAUGGAGUUUGAAUCCGUGGAGGCUGCAAAGGCUUUCUAUUAUGAGUAUGGUGAGAAGUCCGGCUUUAAGGCUCGGACGGGCUCCAACAGGCGGUCGGCGGGCAGUGGGGCUCUAAUCAUGCAGAGGUUCUUGUGUUGGAGAGGGAAUUAUCUUAUGUACAGAAAGUUCACAGGUACUAAUGCAGGGAAACAGAAGCGGGGACCAUAUAAGAAGAGAGCUCGCAGGUUGGCAACAGCCGCAGCAAAGAAAGAUGGGGAUGUGGGGGAGAUCAUCCAAGUUGAGAGUUCAACAGAGAAGGUAGGGGUGGCAGGCGGCGACCGUGGGGUCGAGGUCCAUAGUGGUCCUCCAGUAAAAGAACAAGCAGUCGCGGAGAAGGAUGUGGGGCAGAAACCUCCUAUUCCAUCUAUUGGUAUGCCAGCACAGGCAGUGGCAGCUGCUGCUGGGAAGGAUGGUGAGAAGCAGAAAGAUGAUGGGAAGGCAAUCCCAGUAGCCAAUACUGCUGAGUCUCGGCUGCUAAGGGAACUUGGUGUAAGAGUGUCUCGAUACACACAAGAGGAAAGGAGGGAUAUUAUUAUCAGAUACAUGAUGAAGCGGACAAAUAGGCAGGGUGUACAGAGGCCUGUUAAGCAAUACGCUUCUUCUUUGCAGGUUUCUUCACGACGAGCUUUGGCUGAAAGGCGCCAGCGAGGCAUUGGAGGAAGGUUUCUUAGAAGAGAUGAGUCACAGACUUCUAGUAGACAGGAUGAAAAGACAGAAGCAGAUCCAGCUGUCCCUGCUGAAGAUGCUACAAAUAUAGGAGGGGAGCCAAAUGUUGGCAUGGUGUUUGCAAAUGAAGAUAAGGCUUACGAGUUCUAUGUUAAAUAUGCUGGAACUGUUGGUUUCAGUAUUAGAAAAGGUUGGUGGGAUAAAUCUUCAAGAAAUGUAACUAGAUCAAGAGUUUAUGUGUGCUCAAGAGAAGGAUUCCGCCCAAAGACUGUGACAAAUGAUGAAAAAAAAACACGUCCAGAAACCAGAACUGGUUGUCCUGCACGCAUGGCAAUCAAAAUUACACCUAGUGGUAAAUACUGCAUCAGUGAAUUUGUAGCUGACCACAAUCAUCAGCUUGCAGCUCCAUUGGAUAUUCAAAUGUUAAGGUCACAGAGACUUUUAGCUAAGGUUCAACCUGGAGGCCGUCAAAGUACCAGUCUAAUUCCUGCUGAUUACAGAAACUAUCUCAGGUCAAAGCGAAUGAAGGACAUGAAGAAUGGUGAUGCAGGGGCCCUGCUCGAAUACUUGCAAAAGAUGAAAAGUAAAAACCCAUCUUUUUUUUAUGCCAUACAAGUUGAUGAAGAAGAUCAAUUGACAAACAUAUUCUGGGCGGAUGCACAAUCUAUGAUGGACUAUCACUACUUUGGUGAUGUAGUAUGUUUUGACACAGCUUACAGAACCAAUGAUUACGACAGGCCUUUUGCAUUAUUUUUUGGUGUUAAUCAUCAUAAACAAAUCACUAUCUUUGGUGCUGCAUUACUAUACGAUGAAACUGUAGAAUCCUUCAAAUGGUUGUUUGAGACUUUCAAGACUGCAAUGUGCAGAAAACAACCGAGAACAGUUUUGACAGACCGGUCUGCUGCAGUGUAUGAUGCAAUAGCUGCUAUAUGGACAGGCACAAUGCAUCGCCUAUGCUUGUGGCAGAUCCACCAAGAUGCCAUGAAGAACUUAAGUCAUGUUUUUGAAGGCUCAGAAACUUUUGCAUUAGAUUUUAGUAGAUGUUUGUAUGAUUGUGAAGAUAAGGAGGAGUUCCUAUCAGCAUGGGAAACAAUGUUAGAGAAGUAUGAUCUAAAGGACAAUGAAUGGUUGCGUAAGUUAUAUGAGGAAAGGGAGAAGUGGGCUUUGGUGCACGCACGUGAAAUUUUUUGUGCAGACAUUGCAAAUACAAUAAGAAAUGAAAACUUGAACAGUGUACUAAAGGAAUACUUGAAACUAGAGACAGAUCUUUUAUCCUUUUUCAAGCAGUAUGAUAGAUUACUGGAAGAGCGACGAUAUGCAGAACAACAAGCUGAUUAUCAUGCAAAUCAAGGGACUUCUAGAAUACCUCCUUUGCGCUUACUGUGGCAAGCUGCAAAUGUUUAUACUCCUGCAGUUUUUGAAAUGUUUAGAUUAGAAUUUGAAUUGAUAAUGAAUUGUAUGGUUUAUAGUUGUGGUGAGGUCGGGACAAUAUCUCAGUAUGUGGUUACUGUCAAGGGUAAAACUAAAGAGCAUUUUGUUAGAUUUGACUCUGCAGAUGGUUCGGCCAUUUGCAGCUGCAAAAAGUUUGAAUUUGCUGGGGUUCAAUGCUUCCAUGUGCUGAAAAUACUUGAUUUAAGAAAUACUAAAGAACUCCCACUUCAAUAUGUCUUGAAGAGGUGGACAAAGGAUGCAAAAGUUGGGUCGGCAAGAGAGAAUCAUAGCUUUGCACUUGAUGGUGACCCGAAGUCAUCACUACCUAAGCGUUACAGCUCGUUAUGCGGCAUAUUGUACAAACUUGCAGCAAGAGCUGCAGAAAAUGCAGAGGCAUAUUCAUUCAUGGAAAGCCAAUCAGAUCAGCUGUUGGAACAGGUUGAGCAUAUUUUGCAAGCAAGACUUCUUGAGAAGUCUUCCCCAAGCACUGUUUCGAAGGGUCAACCACACAAUCUGGUUCACAAUGAAAGUAAUAAUGGCGAAUCUCCCAGGGCAGGUGGGAAAAAGAAGAAGAAUGGAGAUGCUCGUCGUAAGAAUCAGAACGGGUUUGAGUCAAAUAAACGGCAAAAAGGAAGACAAGGACUAUCUGGUGAUGCAGAAAUUACAACUAGGAGUGAUGAACCACCUGCACCAUCAGAUGAGAUGCCGGCUCAACCCAGGAAUCCUCCAAAUCAGUUCUUUGCACCUAGUCAGUUCAUGCAGGGAUCUUAUGUUUCCGGUCAUCAAUUUGGAUUAAGUUCUGUUCAAGGUUUUCAUAACAUGACACAAUUUAGUCAGGUGCAAGAGUCUCCGGCCACUGUGCUGCAGCAACAACCAUUCCAUGGCAACACUGAGUUAGGCCAGAAUGAUGUGCAGGCCUGCCCAGCUUCGGACAUGCACUCCCUGCAAUUUGUUGGGAGCAAUCCGCAACUGGGCCACCAGAGCAGUGAUCAGGGCCAUUAUUCAAUACCAGUAUGGGACUUUCUAUGAAGUAAGCUCUACUGCUGCGAGAAGCAUAGCCCAAGAGGUUUCUUUUGUCUCCUUAAUUGAUAUAAGUGCACCAGAUGGUGGACCAUAGCAAGACUGUAGUCAGUGAUGAAUGAUCAAUUGGUUGUUCAGGUUCAAAUGGAGGAGAGUGUGAUUUUUUAGGGAGAUGACGAUGAUGAUUAUUGAUGAUCUGCAAUGUGAUUCUCCUAAAUCUACAGGCAUGAUUUAUCUCCCAACUUCACAUGUGGUUAAGAUGCCAAGCAAUAUCGCAGGGAAGUUUCUGUCAUUUCAGGACUCAUUUGGCUUACUAUAACGAACAUCUGACGUGACCACAACUGAAAGUUUUGUACAGUUUUGCAACUUCAGAUGUGAAGCACAAAACAAUCAGAACCAUCAACAGUCAAGAGUGCUAAAAUAGUAAAAGAAAGGCCUAUAGGUUGACGGAUGCUCGUAGCUGUUGUAAGAUUUCGAUCUGCUGCGUUUUCGGUUAUUAUAAAUAUUUCCUAUUGUCUCACCAAAUCAUUGGUGCUAUUUUUGUUUAUUAUUUUUCUCCUCCAUUCUCUUCCAGUCGUCAUUAUAUCUAUAAUAGAGCCUGAUGCUGAUCUCUCACUACUUGAUCAUCUAGUUUCAAGUAGUCUAUCCAUGUUGAAUCUUAAUAAAUUGGGGUUGUGCUAUGCAGUAGAGAAUGUACGUUCUGAAAUGCAGCUGUGCAGAUAAUAUUUUAGUUUUUCGAAUUAUGCAAGAGAUUGGGAGAUCUUUGGUAUCAUAUAUUAGCGGGUGUUGAAUGUUUGAUUCAUGAAAUGUCAAAAUUGUUGCUGAUGGAAGGUAGUCACUGCAUGUGAAUCCCAUAAAAAUUUGAUGCUGCUGGAUUGAGGAAUCUGUCAGAGUAGUUUCAACCCAAAAAUGGAGGGGAUCUGAUUUUUGGGUGCAGAUUUUAUUUCUGGAAAGGCAAGAAGGUGUGAAUCAAGAUUCCAACUGUGAAGUUGUUUGGGACUCCACGUUUAUAUAUUGUGGAAGCUUGUGUAGGUGUUGGCUAAAUUGAGCUCGACCGGCUCAUUGGAUACUUAUGAAUUUGCGCAUGUUAAGGGAAUAGCAAAUUGGGGAAGGAAGAUAGGAGGCAAUCCUUAUUCGUUAAAUAAGUUCUUAAUUUUCUCUUCUUUGGUUGCACCUUUAAGAGACAGGGAAAAAAAGGAAAGACAAACUAUUAAGAAAUUACAUUGUUCUUUCAAUCUACUGACUCUUUAAGUUUUCCUGGCAUCCAACUGAUACAGUUUGUCAUCCUGGUAUGCAGGUGGCACUCGAACACAUGCGCCAUGGAAAAGGCUGCCAAAUGCAGCAGCCCAUCUCAUCACCUGGGGUGUUCAAUUCCUUUGGGGCUACUAGAUUCUACUCUACAGCUCAAGAGUCAACAAAUUCUGCUUCAUGGCUCAUGUGAUGGGUAUCAUUGACAAACUCAUGCUUAUAGAUAAAAAGGACCACUUUGGACCCAACAAAAGCCUUGCAUAAUUAAACUUUCCAAGUAAAAUAUUAUGGUACCUAUUGAACAAUACCGAGGAUAAUAUAAUAUAUAUAUGGCUUCAUGUAA